AUGCAGCCCACCGUUGACACCACUGACACCGACCCCGGUCUGCCAGCGCAGCUGCUCGGUGAUGGAGCAGAGGUUGGGUGGGGGAGUGAGCCUGUGAGCCUGCCAGCCCGUGACCGAGACAGACGGCCACGAUCUCCCUCUAAGCAAUAUGCGGCUCCCGUCCCAGAACAACCUUCAAAACGACCACGAACGCAAUCGCCAGCCCGAGAAGACGCCGGGCCCUCCUCCCCACCGGCACGUCAUCGUGCACCGAGGCGUCGACAGGUGUUCCCUUUCGACGAGUCUGACUCUCCUCCACCGUCACCUUCAGCGCCCUCCGGCUCUUCCCUCCCGCUCUCACAUCAGGUCGAGACGAAUCAGAAGAUCAAACGGCUGGAAGCCAAGGUCAAGGUCCUCGAGCGCGAGGCGCGAUAUCACGAAGAAAUGUCCAAGCGCUGGGAGAAGCUCAGUUCCCAUCUGCUCCACGAGCGGGAGGGCGAGGAUGGAUACGUGCACAAGCUGAAACGGCGCGGCGACACGUACAAGAAGGCGUACCUCGAAGAAAAGGAAGAAUCGCGAAGGAUGGUGGAGGCUACCAAGUACGGCAUAAUCUGUGUGAAGAAGGCCCUGGAGAAGAACCCCGAUCAUAUACUGCGAGGCACUCUCAAGGUGUUGGAGAUGUCGCUCCCUUACGAUGAGGCCGAGUAG